AUGGAUUGGGAAGAGGCAACCAAGCUAAGGUUGUUUCAACUCAAUGAGAUGGAUGAAUUUCGGUACCAGGCAUAUGAGAGUACAACACUUGAUAAAGAGAGGAUGAAGCAGUAUCAUGACAAGAAAAUCCUGAAGCUAGAAUUCUACAAGGAUGAUCCUGUCUUGCUGUUUAACUCUCGAUUGAAGUUGUUACCGAGCAAGCUAAAAUCAAGGUGGUCUAGUCCGUUUGAGGUGGUAAGUGUUUCACCCUAUGGGUCGAUUGAAUUGAAGUCCGGAGAUGGAACUCGGACAUUUAAGGUGAAUGGGCAGAGGGUGAAGCACUAUCAUGGGAUGGUUGAUGAUGAGCUAGAUAUAGAUGAUGCAUUUCCAGAUGAGAGGGUGUUGGAUGUGUCAAUGGAGGUAGCACCGUGGUAUGCUGACAUUGCCAAUUAUUUGGUAACAGGCUUAGUUCCAGAAGAGAUUAAAGCAUACCAAAAGAAGAAGUUCUUGUGA